UACAAAUGAACUCUCUGUGAAAACACUGGUGAGACGAUGAAACAGUAACUUCAGUCUGAAUGUAUAUGUUAGGCUUGUCUCGCGCGUGUGGAAUAGCUGUGUGUGCUGACUCGCGACGGUGUUUGAGCUGAAGGCUGCUGGCACUUGCAACAACAGUGCAAUGGCCAGUCCAGUUGGGAUCGAGCCAGCGGCUUCAAGAGCAACGGCCCAAAGCCUGGCCAGAAGGCGCUUUUCACAUGACAUCCAAGGUUUGAGUCCAGACGAGAUUGAUGGCCUCAUGUCCAGCAGUGAUGGUCGCCCUUUCCUCGUGGUGCAUCAUCUCCCUGAAAUAAAAGAGGAGGGUAUACCUUACUUAAUGCCUGGUGUCCCUAUAACAUGCAGAGUGGACAACACAGAGAAAUACACUACUCGCUCAAAGGUCCAUGUAGGCACCCUGUACACAGUUCAGCUAACACACGGCCACUUCCACUGGGCAGUGAAGAGAAAGUACAAACACUUCCAGGAGCUUCAUCGAGACCUUUACAAGCACAAGAUGAUGCUUCACUUGCUGCCUCUGGCAAGAUUUGCAAAGGAGAGGCAGCAGCUGAGAGCCAUGUCAGAGGAAAUGCCCAGCCUACACGGGACUGAACGGACCAGGAGGACCUCCAGCAAGAUGAAAUACCUUGAGGAGUACCUGAAUGGUCUGCUGGAGAACUCAUUUUGCAGGAAUGAUCACAGCAUGCUUGAAUUCCUGUCUAUCGGCGCUCUCUCCUUCGUCACUGAUCUUGGACCCAAAGGCUUGGAGGGACCCAUCUUCAAGAGGUCAGGGGGUCACCGCAUCCAAGGCCUGAAUUGCAUUGGCCAUCAUCAGUUCUGCUUCCGCUGGUCAAAGCGCUGGCUUGUGGUGAAAGACUCCUUUCUGAUGUACAUGAACCGAGACAACGGCCACAUCAACUUUGUGCUGCUGUUUGACCCUGAGUUCAAAGUGAAGGUGGGACGUGCUCACACCGACACCAGAUAUGGAGUCUGCAUUGAGAACUUCACCCGGAGUCUGAUCAUCAAAUGCAGCAGCUACAGGCAGGCUCACUGGUGGAGUCAUGAAAUCAACCGGCUGGCAGACACCUGUGACUAUCUCAAAGUGCAACGCUUCGAGGGGUUCGCUCCACCACGGGAGCACACGCUCACUAAAUGGUAUGUGAAUGGAAGUGGCUACUUUGCAGACUUGGCUGAUGCUCUCGAACAAGCCAAGGAGGAAAUCUUCAUCACAGAUUGGUGGCUCAGCCCAGAAGUGUUCCUAAAGAGACCGGCAACUGAUAACUACUGGCGCCUGGAUGAGAUUCUCAAACGCAAAGCAGAACAAGGAGUCAAAGUGUGUGUGCUGCUGUACAAAGAGGUGGAGCUAGCACUUGGUAUCAACAGUGAGCACAGCAAGAGGACUCUGAUGAACAUGCACCCAAACAUCAAGGUAAUGCGACAUCCUGACCACGUGUCGUCUGUGGUGUUCCUGUGGGCUCACCAUGAAAAGAUGGUGGCCAUCGACCAAACGGUAGCCUUUGUCGGGGGGCUUGACCUGGCGUUCGGGAGGUGGGAUGACAGCCAGUACCGGCUAACUGACCUGGGUUUGACAGAGACGGCCAACAGUGUAACUGAUGGGGAGCCCAAAGGAGAUACAGGAGAUAAUGGUGUGGCUGAUGGUCAAAAACCAUCAGAACCAGAUAAGCAAGCAGAGCAGAACCCGAACGAUCUGACCUGCAACAGCAAACUGUGGCUUGGCAAAGACUACAGCAACUUUAUCAAGAAAGACUGGAACCAACUGGACAAACCCUUUGAAGAUAACAUCGACCGCACUCAAGUGCCCCGCAUGCCGUGGCGUGAUCUGUCUGCAGCUGUUCACGGCAGAGCUGCCAGGGAUGUAGCCCGCCACUUCAUCCAGCGCUGGAAUUUCACCAAGCUCUUCAAAAACAAGUACAAGGACGAGUUCUACCCUUACCUUCUUCCCAAGUCGCAGUGCACUGCUGACUCACUCUCCUUCACCGUGCCUGGUUCCAGGAAGGCCAAAGUGCAGGUGUUGCGCUCUGCCGACCGUUGGUCUACUGGAACCUGUGAGAAUUCAAUCCUCAACGCCUACAUCCACACCAUCGAGAACAGUGAGCACUACAUCUACAUCGAGAACCAGUUCUUCAUCAGCUGUGCCGACGGAAAGACCAUCCAUAACGAGAUUGGUGAUGCAAUUGUGAAUCGGAUCCUGCGUGCACACAGAGAGCAGAAGAAAUACAGAGUGUUUGUGGUGGUCCCUUUGCUUCCUGGAUUCGAGGGAGACAUCAGUGCAGGAGGUGGAAGUGCCAUCCAAGCUAUUCUGCACUUCACUUACAGAACCAUGUGCCGAGGGGAGCACUCCAUCCUGACAAGACUUAGUGAAAUUGAGGACAAGUGGACAGAGUACAUCACACUUUGCGGCCUGAGAACACAUUCCCAGCUCUCCGAGUCGCUCGUCACAGAGCUCAUUUAUGUGCACAGCAAGACCCUGAUUGCUGAUGACCGCUGCUAUAUCAUUGGAUCUGCCAACAUCAAUGACCGCAGCAUGCUGGGCAGCAGAGACAGUGAGAUGGCCAUCUUUGUGGAAGAUGAAGAGCGGGUCCCGUCCGUGAUGGGAGGGCAGGAGUACCAGGCAGGAGCCCUCACACUCGCUCUGCGUAAAGAGUGUUUCAGUGUUCUUGUUGGAGCUUCAUCAGACCCCAGUAUCAACGUAGACGAUCCGAUCAGUGAUGAAUUCUUCUUCUUGACGUGGAAUGCACCUGCUAAACUGAAUGCCACCAUUUAUGACAAGGUCUUCAGAUGCCUGCCCUUCAACUCUGUCCACAACAUGCAGGGCCUGAAGAAGUACACCGGCGAGGAGCGCCUCUGCGACACAGACCCUGAGCAGGCCAGAGAGGAGCUGAAGGCCGUCCAAGGGCUGUUGGUCCACUUCCCCCUGAAGUUCCUGUGUGAGGAGAACCUGUUGCCUCCGCUGAGCACUAAAGAAGGCAUGGCUCCUGUCGGGCUGUGGACAUAACCACAGCUCAAACCACUACCUAACAGCUACAGGGCUGCCGUUGUUUCUAAUGUUUGGCACAGUACACUAAGUAGUUACAGCACUGGCACUGCAAUGGUGAGGAAAAUACAGCACAAUUUCAUUGUGAAUCAUUGUUUUUUUAAAUUGUCUUUUUGACUGACGAGGAGCUAGUCUGAACAUAACCACUGACAUGUCGAUUUGAACACAGAUUUAACCAGAGCUGGCCAGUUUGUUCGUGAUGGCGGUGUCUGCUUCAUAACUUGCACCUCAGUGCAGUCUGAAAUGCAGGGCUGUCGGUGGUGUUUAACACACAUAAAUGAAUGUAUGAGUCAGGAGAGGAUUGCAAGGUUGGAUUGGAAAUCAAGCAUCUCACAUGAUCUGGGAACAUAGUGUACAUUUAUUGGUGCAAGGUUUUUGGGUGGGUGGGUGGCUCUGUCUCUUUCUCUCUCUCGCACGCUCGCUCUCAUUCUCUCCCUCUGAGGCUUCACCUCUCGCUGCAGUGCCAGCAAAUCUGUCAGAACAUUUGUGGUUGUUAUGGUGACGGAUAUAAAGAGAUGACUGGAUUGUAGCUGAAAUAAAGACUAGAUAGGGCAGGAAAAGGAGAGUGCUGAUAACUUGCUAAAUCAGGAUGGCGUACCGGAAAACAGAAGGUAAUAUGUUGAAAGAGGACUGACAACCUAUGUGGAAGCAAAGGCGUUUUAAUAUUUUUGGAUGGAUGAUCAGGUGGGAAAACUGUGAGAAGGGGGAAAAAAGGAGGACAAGAUAAUUAAAGGGUGUUAGGUUGAUUUGUCGCUAAUUGUUGCAGGGGUUUUUAAAGUCACCAUGACAACCAAAAUGGAUUAUUAUUUCAGCAUGUUGUCAGUAGAAAAGAACAAAACAUUCCACGAUCCACUUCAGCUAUUUCUAUGUGGGCUCCACAAAUCUGUGUCCAGAUGCCAAAAAAAAAAAUCUCACAUAUCUAACCUGUUUUAAUUUGCAUGCACCAGGCAGUUAUUUAGGCACAGUACAUUCAGCCGUAACUGAGGAGUGACAUAAUGUAGUUUUCAUUCACGUUGCAGUUCCCUUGAAGCAACACCAAGAUAUAUUUUUAACCUCAAGGUUAGGUUUUGUUUCAUAUAAAAUGAUGUCAUCAUGUUAUUCUCUCAAAAUUCCCUUUUACUGAGCCAUGAGGAACUGACUGACUACUAUUGAGUAAGUCAUGCACUGGAUAAAUAUGUCGCAUCCCUCUAUUGAAAUAUUGCUAUUAAUAAUUUGGAAAUAUCAUGUAGUAAUUCAGCAGAACAUACAUACGUAAUUGCUGACUUCUUCAUGUAGGAAAGAGUUUCAUUUAUGCAACGACAAAAUGUGAUGUUUCCUUAGCUGUGAGAUGUAGGUGACAGAAAGGGGUUGACCAAGGUGAGAGGAAAUUAAGGAAGUACUGUAACCUGAGAUUACUUGGACAAAAACUAUGUUUACGUGUUUGAAAGUUUCUUCUUCUUCUUCUUUUAGAGACAGAGGUAGACAAUAAUAGGCAAUAUAGACUGAAUCACAGUGACAUCAGCUAACAACAACAGUCACUUCCAGAUGGCAAUUUAUUUCAAUUGUGGAAAAAAAUAUAAUUAUUUUUUUCUUUUUUUCUGUAACACACAAGAUAUUUUGUUAAACACUGUAGUCCAAUUUCAUGUACUUAUGUUAUUUCAUGUACUGGGUCGCUUUGCUAUCAUCUUUGAUGAACCAAAUCUACCGGCACAAAAGCAAAGCAAUGCACUGCCCUGGGGAGGUGCUACAACAAAACAGAUUUUAGCCACUUUAGACCAACCUUAAAAAAACAGCUCAACUUUACCCAAAUAAAGAGUAUCUUCUCUGCUUUACGUUUCCCACGGACAGCCCAUUCUGAUGGCUCCAGCUCUCCAUCUGUCUCUCGCUCUCAUUAAAAUCCCGAGGCUCCAUUGAUAAAAACAUUUUUCUUUGCUGAACAUGCGAUUUGCAAAUCUACAGCUGCCUUGAUCAGUUAGUUAGUUUCUAUUAUUGUGUGACUUAAUAAAUCUGAACUUCUGUUUUUUUACACUGAGUCAGUUCAAGUGUAUGCUAUAUUUAUAACAUUUCCACUGCUUCACUUACACACUAACUGAUGGAGGCAGCGGUAGACCAGCAACUCCAGUGUUCUGCACAGUAAAAUUACUGUUUUUGUGUCAAUGGAGUCUGGUGGUUUUGAUAUGAUGGCUUAGGUUUCCCAUCAUAAAAAAGCUGUCUGACGGCAAGAUAAAGCAGAGUAAAUAUUGUGUGUACUUAAACUGAUUGAUUUGAUAGGUUGACCUUUUUAAAGUGUCUAAAAACUAACCAAAUGACACAGCAUUUGCUCAGCACUGUUUGAUUUGAAUGAUGUGAUCAAAUCAAACAGUGACUUUAUGGGACUUUAUGGGACUUAAUGUUUCACAUUCUUAGCCUUUCCGUGGUGUUCCAAUUGGACGUAGUGGUGACAAAGACCUGUCCUGUAUGUUUUAAAGAGACCUGUAUGUUAGUUGAGAGUGAUUGACUGAUGUGCAUAGCAUUACCAUAAUCCAGUUCAUAAUCCAAGAGAUCUGAAAUUUACUGAACCUGUGACAGAGCCAGUAAAAUUGUACAGACUUCUUUAUAAGCUUUUCAAGACAUGCCCACAAAUCAACAACACUACUGAGGUGGUUUCACAUGUCUGGGAAUCUGACAGAUGACUAGUGUCCCACGUAAACGCCAGCUUGCCUCUACAUGAAGCACCUUUUGCAGAUGAGCUAGGAAAACCAUCUGUGUUUAGAAAUGGUGUAUUGCUGGCUUCAAAACUAUUCACACUUUCCCUCGGAAAAUAUUAAAAAACCACUACAAGCACUCGCACACUUAAAGCUGGGUAUUUACAUUUUCAAUGGAGAAGUGACCUUAUCCUUUUUCUACCAUGAAUUUUAUUUUUAUUGGAUGAAUAGCCAGCAUUAGCAAUACAAUUUUAUAAAUAUAGUACGUAUAUAAACUUGUCUUUUAAUUCAUCCUUUAUUCUUGACUGCCAUUACGUGAAAGCCUCUGUGUACGCAAACCUGUAGAUCUAGAUUAUUACCUUAUAGUUGCUGAUGUAUAUGUUACUAACACUCAGGGGUAGAGAGAUGAGAGAUAUUUUUACUCCAUUACUUAAGUACAGUCAUGAAUAAGUUGUACUUUAAGAUAUGUUACUUUUCUCGUUUCCUCAAUAAACUUGUUUUUUUUUUCUUUCAUGGAAUUUCAAUGUCAAUAUAUAAUUUUAAUUUGUUAAAAAAAAACAGCCCUCUGCUAAAAUAAUGGUCUACAGUUUAAGCAAAUAGAAACAUCUUAAAAAAUAAUUGAAUAUCUAAAUAUGGAUAAUAAUAAUACAUUUCUAUGUAGUGUCUUGUUUACUUUCAAUUUAGCAUAAAGAAUCAUAGUGUUAUUCAUGAAUCCAGAUGUGUUUAUCAAACAUUGCCCUAGUCAGCCAGAAUAACUGAUAUUAUCUAGAGAAAGAUGAUUACUAACCACUAACUAAAGGGAGGGGGGUCAUUAUUUGAAUGAUAAUGGACCAAAUGUUGGGGGUUUAUUUCCACUUUAAACCUAUGUUAUCAAUAUUGCUGUAAAUUGCUGUAACAUCCUUUGCUACCUGUUUAUUUUUUGGAUCAGAAAGUGUAUUUUAAUCAUUUGGAGACUUGAUGGACCUAGAAAUGUUUUUUUUAUAGGAAAUGGGCACUAGGCUACUUAACAAAGAAAUUAAAUAAUGUUCAUAUUCUUUGUGUAUGCUGAAAUAUUCAAUAAAGCACCAAUUAUUGCCAUA